AUGUAUCCAUCAUACAACAAUAGUUAUAAUUGUACGAAUUCUAUAAAUAAUGUCUCAACAAGUUCAUCUUCUCACCGGAAUGGCUGCGGUACACAAUCAUCGCCAAAAGUUAUACCUCGUAAUCAACAUAAUUCAGCUUCCACACAAGUAUAUCAGCAAAAUAAUUGGGAUUCAAAUAAAUCUGCUUCUACUCCGCUACCAACAUCCUAUUUACGGAGGUUAUAUAAAUUGGGUUCCAUAAAAAAUAAUGAUGAAAUGAGCAUGUUGAAUAGCAUCAAUACACAGGAUUGUAACGACAUUCAAAUCAGUAAUAAAAAUGAACUAAAUUUUCAAACUCCGAAAACCAAGAAGUUAGAUGAAGUCUACCUUUCAGUUAAUCGCAGAACACAACCGGGUAUUUCAGCAGCAAUUAAAUUAUUGUCACAAAAUCUGAAGCCAAAAAUAAAUCCUAAUAACGAAGUUAUUGAUGAUUCUAAUAGUAAUAGCAUUACUACCAAUAUUGUUAAUACUAAUACGAAUACUAAGGGAAGUAAUCAGAAUAAAAUUUCCACUAAUGGCAAAAAUGACAAUUUAUCCACUAUGCUUCCUCAUUCAAGCCGAGUUGAAUACUCUUCUUGGAAGAAUAAACGAUACAGUUAUACUCCUACUUCUUUCGCUAACCACAACUAUGGUAAUAAUAUCGGUAA